UCCACUCGGAGCCCUGGUCCCCCCGCAUCCCGCACCGCGCAUCUGCGGCAUCCCGGUCCCGGUCUCCCCUCCAGCGAGCGCGAGGACCAGGACGGCGAGAGGACGACAUGACGGACCAGGAGACCACGGCCGUGGGUGAAUCCACUCCCCAGUACAUGAUCUUCCUCCUGGUCUUCUUCUUCUUCCUCACCGGCCUCCUGGGCUUCCUCAUCUGCCACAUGCUGAAGAAGAAGGGCUACCGGUGUCGCACCGGGGAGCUGGACGAUGAGGAGGAGGGCGAGGCCAAGGUGGCGACCAGCAAUGACGAAGAUGGACCUGAAGAGAAUCAGGACACAGUGGAGCAGAUACUGAAGUGCAUCAUCGAGAACGAAGCAAACAUAGAAGCCUUCAAAGAAAUGCUGGGGACCCAGAACACAUGUGAACACGUUGACCCCAGGCUGGUCCGUAAGGAGAGCGUCGGGGGAAUCCCCCCCCACCACCACACGGUCCACUCUGGCAUCGACCGCAACACCUGCCACCUGUGCGUGCAGAGCCGGUCCAAGAAGGCACGGCGCCGGAGCCGGGUGGUGCGGUUCAAAGCUCGACCCGGGGAGCAGACCGUAUUCUCUGUGGGCAGGUUCCGAGUGACACACAUCGAGAAGAAGAACAGCAUCCAGGAGUCGCCUAACAUGCCCAUGGCUGCGUCCGGCGAGCUGCUCGAGUGCAGGGACACCGACACUGGAGGACAGGAGGGUCCCAAGGAGACCUACAACCUGCAGAACAUGUUCAAGGACGUUAGUCCAGAAGUGUCCAGUGUGUCCAAUGGGAUCAUUCCCUUGUCUGAGUUGCAGCAGACGCCCCCGCGGAGGAGCAGCGACCCGGCGGGGGUUAGGGUGGGCCGGGCGACGGCGGAGGACGGUCCCGUCUGUGGUGCCGUGUCCCAGCAGGCCGAGAGUCCCAGCAAUCAGGAGGACGACACGGACAUUCCAACGGACCCCGAGAUGAGUCCAGACAAGGCGUCGCCCAACGUGGGGGACAUUCGGGGCUCCAGGGCGGGUCCAGAGAGGACAGGGGAAGUCUUGGUGGGACACGGGGGGGAGCUGCUGGAUGAGGGGGCGCGCAGCGAGGAGGGGAGGGACGACAUGGUGGAGAUGGAGGACAUCAGGGACUGCCGGGUGAGCCAGAGCGAGGAGGCGGUGGUCCCGACGCGGGACGAGAAGCGCAGGUCCGUGCACGUGCAGCACAAGUGGUAGGAGGGCCGCGGGGGGGGCUGGGCGAGGACCAGGAUGCGGGAUGCAACGUCCUGCCGGAGGAUGGAGGGAACCACGGAGCACCACGGCAUUUGACAGCGAGCCUCGGCUGUGGUCGGACUGCCCGGGCAAGGGGUCGUACAGGUCUCGCUGGAUCUGGACCACUUGAACCGAGAGCCAUGGAGCUCGGCCUGUGCAACCGGUAUCGUACACCGGUAUCGUACAGAUUGGUGGAUGUUGGUUUGCGGUCAGGUUCAGGGUCAGGACUAUUGGUGGGUGCGGAUAUGAAAAAGGAAGGGGGGCCACUGAGGUAAUGGAUGGAAAAAGGGACCUGUGUGCCCCGUCUCCUGCCUUACACACGUUAUUCUCCACGUUAAACGCGCGACAGAGACGAUGCACCGUGGUUUUCCCUGGAGAAGCCGGAACAGGACUUAAUUAGUGACCUUCACUCUGAUCAGGGGCCUUGACCACAUGACUACAAAUAAGAAUGGCUGUCGCCUCUUAAACAUCUUGAACCAUCAAAUGUGGCUUUGCGAGAAGAGAAAGUGUUCAGUUGGAUUCUCCUGAGGUGCUGUCAUACAGCAUCUGAAGAACACCAGCUUCUGAGACACCGGCCACACUGGUUUCCGGAUGUUUCCUGUCACAUUUAUUCAUUUUCUGACACUUUUCUCCAAAGAAAACUACUGCGCUGAGCUUCUUACAC